CCCCACUCCUCCAGCCCCCCCCACCACCACGCCUCCCAGCAUGGAUCCGGCCAAGAUCCAGUCCGAGGGGGGCCUCAACGUCACGCUCACCAUCCGCCUCCUAAUGCAUGGGAAGGAAGUGGGCAGCAUUAUUGGAAAGAAAGGAGAAACUGUGAAGAAGAUGCGUGAGGAGAGCUCAGCAAGGAUCAACAUUUCUGAGGGCAACUGCCCAGAGCGGAUAGUCACCAUCACCGGACCGACCGACGCCAUCUUCAAGGCCUUUGCCAUGAUCGCCUACAAAUUUGAAGAGCAGACAGAUGAUUGGCAGAAGGACAUCAUCAACUCGAUGAGCAACAGCCCGGCCACGAGCAAGCCGCCGGUCACCCUGCGGCUGGUGGUGCCUGCCAGCCAGUGUGGAUCCCUCAUCGGGAAGGGAGGCUCCAAGAUCAAGGAGAUGAGAGAGUCGACGGGGGCCCAGGUGCAGGUGGCCGGGGACAUGCUGCCCAGCUCCACCGAGCGCGCCGUCACCAUCUCCGGCACGCCAGAGGCCAUCAUCCAGUGCGUCAAGCAGAUCUGCGUGGUCAUCCUGGAGUCCCCUCCGAAGGGAGCCACCAUACCGUACCGCCCAAAGCCCGCCUCCACCCCGGUCAUAUUCUCCGGUGGCCAGGCCUACACAAUUCAGGGACAAUAUGCCAUACCGCAUCCAGAUCAGCUGACCAAGCUCCACCAGCUGGCUAUGCAGCAAACGCCCUUUACUCCCCUCGGACAGACCACCCCUGCUUUCCCUGGUCUGGACGCCAGCCCCCCCGCCAGCACCCAUGAGCUCACCAUCCCCAAUGACCUCAUAGGCUGCAUCAUCGGUCGGCAGGGCACCAAGAUAAACGAGAUUCGCCAGAUGUCUGGCGCGCAGAUCAAGAUCGCCAACGCCAUGGAGGGCUCCUCGGAGCGGCAGAUCACCAUCACAGGGACCCCCGCCAACAUCAGCCUCGCCCAGUACCUCAUCAACGCCAGGUUCAGGGAUGUGGCGGCCAUGUGGAACGACCCUUCUUCAAUGGCCACGUCUUGAAGUCUCGUCACAUCAUCUUCUGGUGUCCCCACACAUCCCCCCCACCCACAUCUACUUCUGGUGCCCUCACGCAUCCCUAACCUGAACCCUAACACUCCACCCUCUCAGCUCCACAACUAAAGGAGAACCAAACCCCAAGACCACGUCUACAUUGUUUUGCAUUAGAAGACUCUCUCUCUCUAGGUUAAACACAUGCUAUUGCAUGUAUAACCUCUUAUUGGCUGAUAGUUACCCUCCUAAUGAAGCGUUGAUGCGACACGCCUGUCCUCUGCUGAUUGAAACUGACCUGAAGGGGGGUUUACAGGGAGCUGGCAGCCCUGCCCCAGAAUGAAACUAACCAGAGAGCACUUUUUAAAGGGGGCUAUCCAUUUUUCCUUGUCCCCUUUCAGAUGAGUGGUUCUCUCCUGUGGAACCUCCCGUAGCCUUGCGUUGUUUUUGUUGCUUUUUCGGAGCACCUGAAGACGAGCCUCUUUUGCAUUAGCCAGAAGUAAGCCAAUGCAGAUCCCCCCACCCCUCCCCUGUCCUUCUCCAUUACAAGCAGCCCCAGCCUGCCCUCCCCCUUUUGAGUCCUUAUAUACAUUCAAGUGUUCUGUCGCAUGCCCAAUCCAAAGGAUAUUGUUGUGUUUAUUUAUUUUCCUUAUGCUUGGUUACAUUGCCUUGCCUUUUUAAAAAGUGUGUCCAAGUCUUAAAAUAAACCCAUAAGAGGUAUUAACCAAAUGUAUGAGUGAUGUGAGGCAUCUAUCCGAGGGGGGGAGGAUUGUGUUGAUAUGACGUGAAACAGCGUAUUUCGUCACCAUGCACCUUUCUAGGUCAGUGGUUAUCACAUCGGGCAGUCGGCCCCCUCUGAGAUUCAAAACGUAUUAUUGCAAAGUAAUGGGGGGGGGAAGAAGCACCAGCCCACAUUUAUGCAACAUUGUCACAUGAGUAUGAAAUGUCAUUAUUUCUUAUUUUUUCCCUGGUAUUUCCAAUUUCUCUCCUCCCCUGAGCACCACCUGCACCCUGUUCCCGACUCCCCCUCCACCUAUCUUGAGUGACACUGGAGGAGACGGGAUGGGUCGCACUCAACACACACCCGGUACAUCAUGUCAUCGAUGAGCACCCUUUCAGUGCACCCAGUUGAGUUCAUCCUCCUCGUAACUUCCUGCUUGUGUUUUUAUAGUGAGGGUUGAGCCUUGAUCACUGAGCGAGUGUUCAUGGCCUUUUUUUGUACCGUCAGUCCUUGAUAUUCCACGCACGCUUCAGAACUUUUGUUUGGUUUAAUUUAAAAUGCGAUUUUAUUAUUAUCAUCAUGAUUUUCAUGUCCACUUUAGAAUCCUUAUUUUGUACUGCAGAGACUGGAGCAACGUUAGUUUGACCUUAUUCAAAACCCUUAAAGGAUUAGAUAUUCAAAGAUUUGCCCAGAAGACCUUAAUGGACUAAUUUCACAUAACCUAUAUUAUAAAUGUCAAAAUUGUAAUAGGGCACUGAUAACUCACCUCCUCUGUAUAUUAUUCCAUGCAUUAUAUACGUUGAUUAUUAUAUUAUUAUUAUCCAUUUUCAAUAUCAAUGCUAUGCUAUUCUGACAUAGUGGUAAAUAAAACAAUUGAAACAGCAAUGAUCAACAAACGACCUGUAUGACUGCAAAUCAAUGGCAGGAAGUAGCGGGAAUCUUGUGACGUAAACUAGCUGGCUGUUGGAAUGUGUCUAGAAUACGAUCGGCUCCAUUAAAGCAUCAAUAACACAAUUUGGGGAAAAGGCAAAAAGAUAUACAAACUGACUGUGACGGAGACUAAUCAUUGCCAUCUCUUUGGAGCGGUAGGCGGCUCUGUAGCAACAGCCGUCAUAGGGCCUGCUGUCGUCGCUCUUAUCAUACAUCCAAGGGUUGUUACAUCAACCGUCACGUCAAUGCGGCCGUUGCUAGGCCGCGCCACAGAGGUCUACUGCCACACACACUAUGGGGUCUGCCCCGUGGUCCGGUGUGACUCACCGGCCGGGCUGUUACGGCCGCUUCACACAUCAUCUAUCAACGUGUUCGGGGAGAGGAAAAAAAAAACAUCAGGGUCAGGUUACUUAACCUAGUAAAUGCAGGCCAUCCAACACCCAGGUUUCAUUUUGAAUAGCAGAGGUCAAUCUUUGCUAUAUAUCUAUCCCGAUGUUUCCCGCCUAUGUAAGCGCAUAUAUGCCGAUGUUAUUUACCCAAUGAAGCAGUUCUCACUCAGGAGGAAUACCUGCAAAUUACAUUAGAAAGGAUUUUGAAACCAACCGCUUCAAGGUGCCACUAUCCAGCCAUAGCUUUGUUGAGUUGCAAAUGAGCAGGCAUGUGAGAAUAGGGACCCUAGUCAAAAGACUUGCCGUAUCACUUUCUUUCAUCGUGCCAUAUGGCCUUGCUGACUUGAGCGUUAUUUAUGUUUGAACAUGCUUAUUUAUGUUUUUGGUUGUGCAGUGCUAGACUUAUUUCUUCUUAUAGUUCCCCACCAUUUAUUUUUUCUUUGGAUUCUUCAAGUUGAUCACUCAAAAUCCAAACACAGUCUGAAGACAUUGUACAGUGAACCUUUUCCAUUUAACCUGAACAUUAUUGUUUUUUGUGUAGGCCUAUUAAUUUACUAGUUUAUUUAUUGAUCUAAGAAGAGAAGGAACACGAAAAUAUUUAAUUGAAUCACACAAGGCUGCUUGAACGACCCAGACACAACUACCUGCAUCCUCGCUCUACCUUGCUGUCUUCUCCUUAACCCGUCGUGCAUAUUGUCUCUCAAACCUAGCCCUCAAAAGGAGACUGUAACUAAAGGCACGGUGAUGUGUGACUGCUGACGUAUGUGUGUCCCUGUAUGGUUACCAAAACCUACCUUUUGUUCACACACAUGUGCUUUGCUGUUAGUUGUUAUGUUUGGAGUCCAGAGGUUGAGGGGGGCUUAUGCUCAGGGACUUGAGUAGGGUACAAGUAGCGAACAGGUCGAGGAUGGAGGUUACUCGAUCAAGUUGUAGACAGUACCUGUUUUAAAGAUCUGUGUAAUACCCUCAACCAUUCAAUAUCAAUCGUGUAUUAAUCGUUAGGUUCCGUUCAUUUCUAAGGAUAACUUUUGUAUAAAAACGUUGAUUGAAAAUUGUAUAAAUCACUAGUCUAUAGGCUAUAUCGCCUGUGAAACUUAAGCCAUACUAUAAAGGCAUGUUGAAUUCAAGUGAUUGAAAGAAUAAAAAAAGCUACAUUAAUCAUCGCAAUAGGGAUGUAUAAUAUCAACACAACUAAAUAUAAUUCAUAUUUCAGUGGUCUGUUUUCUAUUAACAAUUUAUUUUGCCCAUUGUAUUCAACUAUGUACGUAUAAGGUGUCAAAGUGGCAGCCACAUUUGGUACCAAACUAUAGGAAAUAUGUAGACAUGAUGUCGCUAGUAUGCCUGGCUUGUAUUCACUUCUGUCCGAUCAAUUCCGUUAUUGUUGUUUUGUUUUGAAAUCAUGGCGUCACUUGUGCUCAAAAUCAUACAACAUGCACAGUUCAUAGGAAUCCAUAAAGACUGUGCUUGAGCAUGACAAAGCAGCGAGUAGCUUUACCGAUAUACUAACACAUUUGUGUUUGCCUUUAUGUUAAUUUGUUUGUUUUGUGCUUGAGCAGCAAAACUGAUGAUUAUUUUUGAGCUCAUGUACAGUGAAGCAAGCGAUUUGACCAAAUGAGUCCAAGCGGGUUGAAUUUGAUCAUAUGCUGCAUACAGUUGUGUAUUAGAUUUGAAAUUUGAAGUUGACUUUGAAAUGUUUUGUAAACAGAAGAGAAUAAUAAAGUUCCGUUCCCUUCAA